UUAGUGAACACUAGAUCUGUAAUCAUGCCUGAACCAGCAGCGAAAUCAGCAGCCCCCAAGAAGGGAUCCAAGAAAGCGGUGACAAAGGCCGCUGGAAAGACCGGCAAGAAGAGGCGCAAGUCCAGGAAGGAGAGCUACGCCAUCUACGUGUACAAGGUGAUGAAGCAGGUUCACCCCGACACCGGCAUCUCCUCCAAGGCCAUGGGCAUCAUGAACUGCUUCGUGAGCGACAUCUUUGAGCGCAUCGCCGGUGAGGCCUCUCGUCUGGCUCACUACAACAAGCGCUCCACCAUCACCUCCCGGGAGAUCCAGACCGCCGUCCGCCUGCUGCUCCCCGGGGAGCUGGCGAAGCACGCGGUGUCUGAGGGCACCAAGGCCGUGACCAAGUACACGAGCUCCAAGUAAACUGUCCUGAUGUCAACCAACAAACCAACGGCUCUUUUAAGAGCCAC